AAACAUAACGAGGUAAAUUACUCGGAGGCUCCUGUCAGAUGGAUGUAGCUGAAGCUCAGGGUGCUAUCUUCAGUCUGCUGGGACAGGUGUCCCCCGGUGUCCUGCCCAAGGUUAUCCAGUGGCUGAAAACCAGCAGUGAAAUAGAAGAGCUAACAACAAGCAAUGCAGAUGUUCUCCUCCACAAUAUUGCGGACGAUUUGCGAAACUGCUUGCCAGUGGAGGCGAUGGUGAUAUCUGAGAAACAAGCCCAGGAAAAUAUUCAAAGGCUCCAGAAGCCGACCCUUCAUGUAGAUGCCUUUCUUUAUAACGAUGAGGCAAUUGACUCAUUAUGUGAAGAAGGAAAGAUGAGCCGUAAUUACUGUACGUCAUGUGGUUCUACAAAAACAGCUCCACUAGACUUUCUUUCACAUUCUUUCUCCAUUUUGGAACUCAAGUUUCUUUUCCAGCAUGCCUUACCUGAUCUGAGUGGGAAGACUUUAUUGGAUGUGGGCUCAAGGCUUGGAGCAGUGCUAUACGCGGGUUAUGUUUACAGUUCAGCCAGUAAAUUGCAAGGAAUAGAAAUCAAUGCUGAAUUCUGUGAGCUGCAAGAGAAAAUCAUAACUAAGUAUCAUUUUUCUGACAGAAUUCAGGUUAACCAUUCAGAUAUUUGCAGUCAGAAGUCUCUUCUUCACCAAGCUGAUGUGGUUGUACUAAAUAAUGUGUUUGAAUACUUUCUGAGCAAAGAGGAACAAAUAAAGGCCUGGAUAUUUAUGUAUGAAAACUUAAGGAAGAAAGGAUGCCUUGUAGUCACAGUACCUAGCUUAAAGGAAUCAUUCAGCAAACUCCAGAUAAAUAUGCAGCUAAGUCAGUGGUUAGAAGAAAUUGAACUGGAUACAGAUAUCUUCUUAGGACCAGAGACGGACCAAGAGGCUCUUAGUGACAUUCAUUUGUAUCGAGUCCUAUAGAAGAAGAAGCUAACGUUUUUGUUUCUGUCACCAAACAGCAGUAAAUAUAUUAAAUCCGUACGAGUGGAUAUCUGCAGACUGACUUUUAUGUAUCAGCCAGGCACCUUGAAAACCUGUUUAAAAUAAACAUACUGUAUUU